AUGGAGUUCGUCACGGGCUACCGUGCCGAGAUCCUGGACUUCGCGGAGUUGCUCUUCGGCUGGUACCGGCGCUUCCUCCUGGACGUGGCCUGCCGGCGCGGCGGCCGCCCCGGCACCGGCACCGGCAGCAAGCGCCAGGAAGGCUCGCUGCGCCGCCUGCCCCUGGACCCGGCCCUGUGGGUCUUGCACGUGCUGCCCAACCGCAGCCUGGCCUUCACCGUGGCCGACCCGGGGCAACAGGUGGGCGGCCGCUUCUACAGCGAGGAGGCCCUGGCGCUGCGCGACCUCGAGCGCUUCAUCACCUUCAUGGGCGCGGCGGCGGCGGCGGCCGAGGAGGACGAGGGACCCGCCGCGCCGGAGAGCGGUAAGCCCGGGCGGCCGGAGCAGCCCCCGCCGCGCCCCGCCCCGGAUGCCCGAGGAGGACGCAGCGGGCCCGCUGGCUGGCCACGGCGGGGACAGAGGGGCGCCCGCCCGGCCGCCCGGCUCCCCCGGCCAGCCAGCCCGGGCCCCUGCAAAUGCGCCGCGCUGCGCCACGCGCCCCGUCCUCUCCAGGGCCGGCGGGGCUCCUUGGCGCGCUGCCUCUCGAGCAGCCAGCCGCUCUGGCGCGUGGACCGCCUCCUGCUGGUGACGGACGAGCACGGCGCCAUCAUGGGCUUCGACUUCCUGCUGGGGGGCCCUGCGGGGGCCGCGGGCCACGAGCCCCUGGAGGCCCGGGCCGCCACGCUCCUCUGCCACAGCAUGAUCUGCCCGCUGGGGGCCGGGGAGCCCCGCAGGCCCAAGCUGCUCACCGUGGGAGACGCCGCUUUGCACAAGUCCCUGGAGCCGCUGCUCUCCCGGCUGGGCGUGAAAAUGAGCAAGGGCCCCAUGCGGGGCUGGGCGCCCAAGGCAGCCUUCACCUUCCCGACCAUGCGCGUGCGAGCCUGCCACGUGUGCAAGCGGCACAGCUUUGAAGGCCAAGUCACGGCGUGCCAGCACUGCCGGGCCGUCCUGUACUGCUCUGAGCGCUGCCGCAAGCUGGACUGGAAUCGUAGCCCCGAAGACAUCGGACACCAGUUCUGGUGCCAGCGCAUGGCCGGGUACAUGAGCCAUGCGCGGGAGCUGGCCAGCCUGCCCUUCACCUUCACAGCAGAGGUGACCAGCGACAGCUUCAACAAAGAGGGCUUCCUCUCGGCCCGGGGGCUGACCCGCGGCUACUGGACCGGAGAGAGCAUGCUGGUGAGGGCGCCCGACUACGGCGUGGGGCUGCAGGGGGCUGCUGCCGAGAAGCCAGCGGCGGUCCUGCAAAGCGGUAACCCCUUUGAGGCGCUGAGGCCGGAAGGAGGGACGGCUCUCCCAGCCGCCCCGCCUGAGCCCCCCACCCCCCGGAUGUACUUUGGUUCAUGGAAGGAAUACUACCAGUGGCGGGGGCUGCCGCUUGGAGCCCCCCUGGCCGUCAUCCUGACCUACCCCCUCACCUUGUACUACAUCAUCACUCAGCUGGCCCCUCAGCACUUUCCUGAGCUGAACAUCUUGAACAAACAGUCCCUCAAGAUCCAUGUGGUGGAGACAGGCCGAGAGUUUGGGGUGCUGAUGGUCUUCUGGGAGCUGUCGGUGCUGCUCCCCCACGUCUCGCUGGAGCUGCUCUUUGUGGGGGACGGGCUGCCCUCCGAACUGGACGGCCAGCAGUUUGACCUGCAGAGAGAUGAGGAGCACGGCGUCUCUGUCCAGCCUGGACUGGCCCCCAGAUCGAAAGGGGGGCGCCGCGAGCUGCAGUUGGGGUUCAGCGCCCGCCCGUACCACCUGUUGCAAGCACCCAAGCCAGACCUGGUCAUCGGGUUUAACUCUGGAUUCGCCCUCAAGGAGACCUGGCUGAGUUCUUUGCCACGACUUCAGUCCCUCCGAGUCCCGGCCUACUUCACCGAAUGCAGCGCCUACAGCUGUGCCGUGGACGAGGCCGCCGUCUCCAUGGCCACGGGUGGCAGCGCCAGCCCGGCCCAGAUCAACCCCUUCCGCUCGCCUUUCCGGCAGGCUGGCAUCGACAACGCCAUGCCCUGGUACUCGAACGCGUUCAUCUUUCACCUGAUUUAUAAGGCCUCGGCUGGCAGCCACCGGCAGGCCCCCCCCGCCCCUCCUCUGCAGCCCCUCCCGGCCAAUAGGACCCCGGAACCGGCAGAGCCGGCCCGCAGUCGCCGCAAGGAGAAGAGGCAGAUCCGUGCCGCUGGGCGCCGGCGCAACACAUGGCCACCUGCCCUCUCUCUGACAAGCAAGAGAGCAUCAGCUCCCUACCCGGGUGGGGUCGGAGAGUGUACCCCCGCCAAGGCUGGCCUGGGGGAUGCCCUCAGCUCGGAGCCCCCAGUCCAGGCCUCGAGCGGCAUCGGCCAUGGCAGCCCCAUCCAGACGCCGUACAAAGGGCACUCGCUGGUAUGA